AUGGACAUGGAGUUUGAGAAAACAAGCGAAUCACCACCUUUCCCCAUCGCGUGUGCCGAUGCAAGUGGCUCCCACAGUCCUCGUGGCAAGAUCCCCGUUCGUCCGUGUAUCAGGUGCUGUUGGAACGACAUGCUGCAUCAUACGACUAUAGGAGCAAUUUUCUUCGCAUUUGCGGUCUUUCUCAUUCGAGAGACCGAGGUGCGGAAAGCUGACGAUGAUCCCCAUUGUGUCAUCUAUGAUCGCUGUGGCGUCCAUGGUGGGAUCGUUGGACCAUCUCCUAUACCCUGCGUAUAUAAUGGCCCUCCGAUUCCCAUUCCCUCUUCGAACCCUAUUUACGAGACUCUCCUGGAAACAUGUCCUGAGUUCUUCCAGGACUUGAGUCAAAUGGCUGUUGGAGAGAUGGACUACUACAUUUCCGAAGCAUAUGUAGAUGGGACAUAUGACUCUUGCGAUAACGUCCGCUAUGGGCCAACAGCAGAUCUUGCAUUGCCAUUCCUUUGUGGUUUCAAUCAAAAUUGCAUGCCACAUGACAUGUUCAAUUACUUGGGUAACAUUUCGAAUGGGCAGGCUCCUUUCCAGAUCAACUAUUUGUAUCAGACUCAGGACGAAGUGAAUGGCUUCAAGCCUAUGAAUGCCACAAUCGUGGAAUGCUCGGAACCGGUGGAUCCAGAUGCAUUGGACACACCUGAAGGCUACCCGUGCGCCUGUCGAGACUGUCCAGAGGCCUGCCCGAUGUCUCUUCCAUUUGCAAAUGGAUUACAUUAA